CAAACACCGAGUAUUGUCUUUGGAAUCUAAACGUGAGGGUGAAGCACGAAACGUCUCCUCACAGUUCAGCAUCAUCAUGAAUAAGUUGCAUUACUUUGUGCUCCUCUGUGUACCCAUCUGCCUGAAUCAGGUGUCACCCAGUGCUUGUGCAUAUAAUUCGGAUAUUUUGGCAUCCCUGGAGAAUCUGAGGAAAAUGUAUCCAACGCUCAAUCUCAAAAGUAUCCUCCACCUCUUGGAGUCCAGCAAUGAAUACAUGCUGAGGAAGGAGGAUUUACUCGAUGACAAAAGAGCCAAACGCUACACGGAUGUGAUUCCUGAGGUAUUGGUUUCCAAUGGAAUUCGUGAUGAUCACGAUAGCCUCAAGGAUAGUGAAGGUAUGCGGAAGUUUAGCUUGGAUGCCGUGCAGGAGUCCCCUUGGUUAAUUUUUCUACUCACAGAAAAAUCCAAUAAAUACAUGACACCACGACUAGGACGAGAUGCUUCGGGAGAUACAGGUGGAGAUUCCCAGAGAGCUAGACCACCAUUUGCACCUAGACUCGGCAAAAAAUCCUUACCCUUCUCCCCACGGCUUGGAAGACAAAUGAGUGGAUAUAGUGAACCAUAAAACUUCCAGGAAGAAUUAAUUAAUAAAAAAUGCGACUCUGACCAGGAUCAACGAGAGAAAAAAUUAAUAAUGUAUAAUACCUAAUCACGUUAAGAUUGUGUUGUGUAGUGAAGAGUAAUAAGCAAAGAAAUAUAGAAAAUAUUUC